UCCCCGCCGCGCCGUUAAUGGAAACAUGGCGAUGGCGGCUCCGACCGGCAGCGCGGCGCCCGUCGCCCCGGCCCUCUGCGGCCACCUGGCCCUGCUGCUGCUCCUCGCAGCCCCCGCCGCCCACGGCUACAGCUUCCCCCAGCAGCACACUAUGCAGUACUGGGCCAGGAGGCUGGAGCAGGAGAUUGAUGGAGUGAUGAGGAUAUUUGGUGGAGUCCAGCAGCUCAGAGGGAUCUACGAGGAGAACAGAAACCUGUUUAAAGUCAAGGAGAACGUGCCCAGAAAAUUGGUGGAGAAGGUCGCAGGAGACAUCGAGAGCCUCUUGGCCAAGAAAGUCCGUGCUUUAAAGAGGCUUGCCAACGCCGCAGAGAAAUUCCAGAAGAAUCAUCACUGGCAGGACAACAUCCGGGAGGAAGACAUCGAGUACUACGACUCCAAGGCUGACACUGAAUAUGACGAUCCUGAUGGAGAAGAGAUCGAGAAGGAGAAGUCCAACUCCUUGAAGCUGGAGUUCACUGAUGAUGACAACUUCAAGACCAAGGUUAACUACUCAUACGCUGCCGUGCAGAUCCCCACGGACAUCUACAAAGGCUCCACCGUCAUCCUCAAUGAGCUGAACUGGACGCAGGCUCUGGAGGAUGUCUUCAUCGAGAACCGGAAGGAGGAUCCCUCCCUGCUCUGGCAGGUGUUCGGCAGUGCCACCGGUGUCACCCGCUACUACCCUGCCACCCCCUGGAGAGCCCCCAAUAAGAUCGACCUCUACGACGUGCGCAGGCGGCCCUGGUACAUCCAAGGUGCUUCCUCCCCAAAGGACAUGGUCAUCAUCGUGGACGUGAGCGGCAGCGUGAGCGGCCUCACCCUCAAGCUGAUGAAGACCUCAGUCUACGAGAUGCUGGACACCCUCUCAGAUGAUGAUUAUGUCAACGUGGCCUCGUUCAAUGAGAAGGCGAAGCCCGUGUCAUGCUUCAAGCACCUGGUGCAGGCCAACAUCCGUAACAAGAAGGUCUUCAAAGAGGAUGUGCAGGGGAUGGUGGCCAAAGGCACAACUGACUACAAGGCUGGCUUUGAGUAUGCCUUUGACCAGCUGCAAAAUUCCAACAUCACACGUGCCAACUGCAACAAGAUGAUCAUGAUGUUCACGGAUGGCGGUGAGGACCGGGUGCAGGACGUCUUUGAGAAGUACAACUGGCCCAACAAGACGGUCCGGGUCUUCACCUUCUCUGUUGGUCAGCACAACUACGACGUGACCCCGCUGCAGUGGAUGGCCUGUGCCAACAAAGGUUACUACUUCGAAAUCCCCUCCAUUGGCGCCAUCCGCAUCAACACACAGGAGUACCUGGAUGUGCUGGGCAGACCCAUGGUCCUGGCUGGGAACCGAGCCAAGCAGGUUCAGUGGACCAACGUCUACCAGGAUGCCCUGGGGCUGGGCCUGGUGGUGACAGGCACACUGCCAGUGUUCAACCUGACAGAGGACAGCAGUGACAGGAAGAACCAGCUCAUCCUGGGUGUGAUGGGGAUCGACGUGGCUCUCAAUGACAUCAAGAGGCUGACACCACGAUACAACCUGGGGGCGAAUGGUUACGUCUUCGCCAUCGACCUGAACGGCUACGUCCUGCUGCACCCCAACCUGCAGCCCCAGAUCAUCAAUUUCCGUGAGCCGGUGACAUUGGACUUCCUGGAUGCUGAGCUGGAGGAUGAGAACAAGGAGGAGAUCCGGAGAAGCAUGAUUGAUGGGAAUGACGGGCAGAGGUUCAUCAAGACCCUCAUCAAGUCCCUGGAUGAGCAAUACAUCGAUGAGGUGUUCAGGACCUACACGUGGGCCCCCAUCAAAAGCACCAACUACAGCCUGGGACUGGUUCUGCCUCCCUACAGCACCUACUACAUCCAGGCCAACCUCAGUGACCAGAUCCUGCAAGUGAAGUAUUUUGAAUACCUGCUGCCCAACAGCUUUGAGUCGGAGGGACAUGUGUUCAUUGCUCCCAGAGAGUAUUGCAAAGACCUCGACUUGUCGGAUAACAACACCGAGUUCCUGGAAAACUUUAUUGCCCUCAUGGAAAAGGUGACCCCAGAUUCCAAGCAGUGUGACAACUUCCUCCUGCACAACCUGAUCCUGGACACAGGCAUCACGCAGCAACUGGUGGAGAAGGUCUGGAGGGACCAGGACCUCAACACGUACAGUCUCCUGGCUGUCUUCGCAGCCACUGACGGGGGCAUCACCCGCGUCUUCCCCAACAAGGCUGCUGAUGACUGGGAGGAGGAACCAGAGCCCUUCAACGCCAGCUUCUACCGGAGGAGCCUGGACAACAAAGGCUACAUCUUCAAGCCACCCUACAGGGAUGCUGGCUACCGGGGCCUGGACCUGGAGAACAACACCAUUGGGAUCCUGGUGAGCACAGCUGUGGAGCUCAGCAUUGGGGGCAAGACACUGAAGCCAGCAGUGGUGGGGGUGAAGUUGGACUUGGAGGCCUGGGCUGAGAAGUUCAAAGUGCUGGCAAGCAACCGGACAGACCGUGACCAACUGGGAGCCCGUCGGUGCGACCCCUCCACCAGCUGCGAGAUGGACUGUGAGGCCAACAAUAAGGACCUCAUCUGCGUCCUUAUCGACGAUGGGGGCUUCCUGGUGCUUUCCAACCAAGAGGACCACUGGUACCAGGUGGGCAAGUUCUUCAGCGAGGUGGAUGCCAACCUGAUGUCUGCCCUCUACAACAACUCCUUCUACACCCGCAAGGAGUCCUACGACUUCCAGUCCGUCUGUGCCCCCGAGGCCCAGAGCAACACGGGUGCUGCGCCCCGCGGCGUCUUCGUGCCCACUGUGGCUGAUCUCCUGAACCUCGCCUGGUGGACCUCAGCUGCAGCCUGGUCCCUCUUCCAGCAGUUCCUAUAUGGCCUUACCUACAGCAGCUGGUUCCAGACGGAGGAGGUGGCAGGAGACGGCAUGGAGGCCAGGGAGACAAGCUGCAUCAUGAAGCAGACACAGUACUACUUCAGCACUGUCAACGCCACCUACAAUGCCAUCAUUGACUGUGGCAACUGCUCCAGGCUCUUCCACGCCCAGAGGCUGGCCAACACCAACCUCCUCUUUGUGGUGGCUGACAAGCCCCUCUGCAGCCAGUGUGAGUCUGUCAAGCUGCUGCAGGCAGAGGUAAGAGCCCCCCCGAGGGACCCCAACCAGUGUGAGCUGGUGGACAGGCCCCGGUACCGGAAAGGCCCCCACAUCUGCUUCGACUACAAUGCAACAGAAGAUACCUCAGACUGUGGCCGAGGGGCUUCCUGCCCCUCCCUGGGGGUCCUGCUCUCCCUGCAGCUGCUGCUCCUCUACUCCAGCUCCAGCCGGCACCCGCUGCCCCCGGCCGCCUGCCUUUAGCCCCCCCGGCCGUCCCCGCCAGCUCUCUUUUCUUUCAAGCUCCAUCUCCAUCUCCCUCCCCGGCCCGGUGG